CUCUGACAGCGAUUUCACGUCUACCUUUUAGCCACUGUUGGCCAUUCACAUUAAAGUCUGAAGUUAUUUAAUGGGCUGUCUCUUUUUCCUAUAUUCACACUAGUGACAUUUUCGUGAAAAUAUACCAUUUUCUGCCGUCAGCACACAAAACUUUCGUGCGCUGUUACUCGUUCCGCCCUGCAACAACAAGAGAGCCGAAAUUUAUUAUUUACUUUGAGAAGUCAUGUCAGCUGUGCCAACUCACCGUUAGAAGAGAAAAUUGAUUUUGUUUUUGGGAGUUGACUUAUGGCCUCCAAAGAGAAAUUGGCCAGCGUCAGCAAUGCAAACAUCACCGAGCAACACCGGCACAAUACCAAAAACUUCGAAGAAGAAAAGCCAAACGGCAGCAGGUGCCAUGGAGCCAAAAAGCAGCAAACAGAAACAGAACUCAACGUUCCCAAGAAAAAGUUCACCGCGGGACAUGGAGCUGUGGAAGGUGUUAUCUUCGCAAAAUCUACCAGCAGUUUUAAACGAUCCUAAUAGAGGGAAACAGAGGGAUUUCUUCACAAAACUCUGGGGUGAGGACUUUGUGGAAACUGCAUUUAUAGGCAACUUGGAACAUUUGCCUGAAGUGUCCUACUCAUCUUUUGAGCAUUAUCUUAAGAAAGUUAACAAACGCUUAAAGCAACAUGAAAAGCUGAACCACGCCAUAAAUGGAGGACCAUUGAGUCCAAAGAGGCCAGCGGCAUUGCCAGAUAAACUCCAGAGUGAUGUCAGCGGUAUUCCAAGAAUUUUUAUGCAGUCCAAUUUUGACCUUCGAGUUCCUGAAACAUUUCAAACAAUCCACUCUCUUAAGGGCGAGGUGACCAGCCCUAGCGAGAGUUCCACCAAACCCCUCAAUAGUGCCAAAGUGCUGCAAGAAAAGGUUGCUAAACAACCAAUCGCUGUACCAAAUCGCAAUAUAUUGUCUGACUCGCAGCUUGCUCACUACCUGGACAUUGUUGAGGUUCAAAUCGCUUAUCAGGUCACUCAAAAGUCGGAUUCUUUCUUUCAAGCUAUGUCCUCUCAUGAUGCCCUGAUGGAAAAACUUUCAAGAACAAGCAAAACUGUGUCAUCUCUAAGGAGUAAUCUGAGAAAUAUGGACCAAUAUUUAGUGCAAGACUCUUUGAAAAUCCUUCAAUGUGCCCAAAUGAAGCAAAAUUAUUUUGCUGUAGUAGAAAAGCUAAAAUUGAUGGUAACUGUCAAUCAAACGCAAUCAAUGCUGCAGCUCCUAUUGUCUAUUCCUGACUACGUCGCCGCCAUCGACUUAAUCUGCACCACUCAAGAAAUCCUCGUGCAAGAAUUAGCUGGAAUUAAUGGCUUCCGGCACUUAAGCUCACAACUAUCUGAAAUGCAACGCCUCAUAGACAAAAUUUUGAGCGCUGAGUUUGAACGCUACGUCACUGCAGAUUUAAAUAGACCAUUAGAUCAAUACACUGAAGUUUUAGAAGAGGAUAAGUUGGCGUCCAUAGUAUACGGGAUGUUGCGGCAGAAAUACUUCAAUUUUGCCAACAAGUAUAAGGAAGAGGCAUUUACUUCAAUCAAAGCAACUGUAAAACAGUUGGUAAUAGAAGAGAUUGCAGCAAACGACAGUGGCGAGGGUGAUAUGAGGCUGACAGGCACCGGCGAACAGCUGCAGGGUCUCUCAUUGAAUCAGUGGCGCCAGCUGCUUGAAAGAACUGCUGAAGCUCUUCUCAGGGUGGUCAACCACGUUAAAGUGGUGCACGAUGUGAUGAGAGAAGCUGUGGACAAAAGUUCAGGGAAGAACGUCAAGUCAGAUGGGAAAAGCUCAGAGGAAGAUAGCGGAAUCAGUUACCUCAAUAUAUCGGACCCUUCCGAAACGUUACUCACGUCUGAUGAGCGUAAGAUCGUCAAUUUUUGCCUCGGUGAACUAUUGUGUUCCGUGUGUGACUUUGCCAACGACCAGUUUGCUCAGUUGUUGACAAUGCAGUCAAAGGAGAUUUGGGUGGAGAGAGCCACGGCGGUUCAAGUUUGUGAUGUGGCGAGAAUAGUGGACAAUUUUGUGGACAGCUGCGCACGUGUGUGUGACAAGCGCAGCACUGCCCUCACGUCUGCCUUUAAAGUGCAGGCCAGUAAAUUCGUCAACAAAUUCCACCAAGAUCAAAAGGAUAAACUGACGAUGAUACUCGCCAGCGAAACGUGGAAACAGACUGUUGUGCCACAACAGUUUCAGAAUCUAGCUGAUAAAUUGCAUGAGACUGGAAAACUUACUUUGCCUAAAAGAGACUUGGACAGCACUGUGUCAAUUUCAAAUGGCAAUCAUAAUUCUGCAGGGGCGCCAGCUCUUGUGAUAGGUGGUGAAAAAUAUGUCGUAGUAGGAUCCAUCCUGUUGUUGCUGAAGAUGAUGGCGGAGUACUGCCUGUGCGCGGACGAACUGAGCGUGAUGGCGCCAAACCUGCUGCGGUGCCUGGUGGAGCUGCUGCAGCUGUUCAACUCGCGCAGCUGCCAGCUAGUGCUGGGCGCCGGGGCGCUGCACUCCGUCGGCCUCAACACCAUCACCAGCACAAACCUGGCGUUGAUGUCGCGGUCGCUGCAGCUGGUGCUGGUGGCCGCCGAGGCCGCCAAGCAGCAGCUGCUACCGUCCGUGACCGAUCCGCUGCGCAUCAAGAUGCACCUCGCCAACUUAGAGAAGGACAUCAUGUCGCACUGCAAUGAGAUCGAGAACAAGUUGCUUGCGCUCAUCUGCGGCCUUGUGUCCAGGGAGGUGGGCCAGUGGGACGCGCGGCCACCGGUGCCGUCCAACUCGUUCCGCAAUGUCUCCAAACACAUGCGCAAGCUCCACGAAGCCAUUUCCGAAGUGCUGCCUGAGAACCAGGUGCAGAAUCUCUACAGGAAUGCCCACAAGAUGUUCAAAAUAGUAUUAAAAGAGCAGCUAGUCAAAAUGAAUAUUCUAAACAACGGAGGACCUCAACACGGGGUUGUAAUUUCAGAACUCACCUUUUACCUGGACACGUUGCGCAGGCUUAAAGUGAUGCCGAUUGACGAACUUAUGAUGGACUCAAUGGAAGACAUUUGGGACAGAUAGGUUACAGGUGAUGAUGUGCAGCUCUAGUGAUUUGUGUAGUCUGUUCAUUUUGGAAAUGAUUUUAAUAUUGUUUAUGUUUGCCAAUAUUUGUUAUAAUGGUUAUAAAGAUAAUAUAUACUUCGAUAAUAAUACUUUGA